GAAGCACCCAUGUGCGUGUGUUCAUCUACAUGUCCGUAUUCAGCUGGUUCGGCGUAAUACGAAGAAAUAGUUAGCCUGCUCUUGCCCUCCCGAACCGCUUUGAUGGACUGGCUUAAAAGUAUAGAGCCGACACUUCUCGUGAUAUCUUUAGAUGGCCAGCGUAGGGAUGUAACUUAAGUAAAGCGCAGUCGCUGGUCAUUGGUUCAAAGUUUUGAUAUGAGCACACGUUCACUGUGGCUGCUGGCCAGUUUAUUCAGCAAGUCCCUUUCCAAUCGUUUAGCGCCCUUACUAUGUCGGGAACAACGGACACUUGCGAACGAUCUACCUCUGAAAGGUUUCAAAAAGUAGAAGGCUCGACGGGGAAGUUUAAUGAUCUGGUACUAAGGUCACCAGAGAAGGCGGGAGACGGAAAUCAAGUUGUGGUUUUCUUUGGCGGCGACAUACAGGACUUCCCAGAGGCGAUGAUGAAGCAUCGUGAUAACAGGCGAUACGUCCAGUGGAACCUUGACAACAUGGCCACAUUAAUGGCAAAGCACUUUCCCAGUGCCCACUGCAUCGUUGUAAGGCCAAACAGGCUUCAGUACCUCACAUUCAGCUGCUAUGACAACUUUGUUGAGGGCAACGACAUGGGGGCACCAACUCAUGAAUUCAGCAUUACAGCAUUGGAGCACCUACUUGCUCUUCUCAACAGCUUGUCCUCAAGGCUGAGGGACAAAACAAACAAGGCAAGGUAUGGCCCUAUUGCCACAGGCGUACUGGAGCUUCCACUGGUGCUAAUUGGAUUCAGCAAAGGUUGUAUUGUACUCAACCAGUUUCUCUAUGCCAUCAAAGCACUAGAGGUCCAGCCUGAUGAUGAUGUCAUUGCGCUCGUCCGUAGAAUAAAAGCGAUGUACUGGUUGGAUGGCGGCCACUCCGGUGGAUCUAAUACGUGGGUAACCAAGGAGGUUAUCUUGAAAUCGUUUCGACCGUGCGAUAUCAAAGUGUAUAUCCAUGUGACACCAUACCAAGUGCUGUGCAGCUCAAGGCCCUGGAUAGGCAAAGAAGAGAAAGUGUUUAGAGAGACUCAAAAACUGGGGGUUGAUGUGACACGAAAAAUCUACCAUGAAGAUGACCUUCCAUCGUUGGAAAUGCACUUCAGUGUGCUUGAGGAGUUCAAGGACGCUGCGUAACUGUAUACAUAUCAUGAGUGACCUUUACUGCUUUUUCGUGCUAACAUGUGCUGUUGAUGGUAAAAAUGCUGCGUUCGGAUGUCUUCAGGCCAUAAUAUUUUCGUAUGUUCUUGCAUCUACCAGUGAAUGCGACCCCUGUUCUGUGAACUUCAUGAUAAUUUAUUGAAAUCUUGUGACUUAUGUAUCAAUGGACUUGGACUGCAAAUGAAACUGUUUUGUGUGGGUUAACCAAGUUUCGCACCAACCUUCUAGACGCCUUUUUUUUUUACCCACUUAACAGCUAGUUGUUUCUGUUCACCUGUUUGAUUGUUUGAUUUGUACGUAGAGCAAGAGGGAGUCUGAGCUGUAGCCGGCUAGCCUCACUUACGAACAGGAAAGCAUUGUGCACAUGGAGAAAUCUGCCCUCAUAUGUCAGGAUAAAGUUGACUACUUGUGCUUCUGAAAUCCACAACAUUCUUAAUCUAGGUGUUUGUUAAUAUCACUGAUGCUGCUGUUGCUUCAACUGAGGCUUUAUCAG